GAAGAUCGAUACGCCGACCUUGCUAGCGGCGAUUCUAUGCCAAUUUUACAGGAUUAUACGAAGUUUCAUGGCCAAAUAAGUUUCGUGUUUGUAAUUUGUAUUACAGGUAGUAAAAUAUGUAAGAAAACACCGUGUCCAUUCUUGUACAUUAAGCUGAUUAAAGAUAUUUACUUACUUUUGUCUGUUUAUGUGUAUUUACUUAUCUUGAAGAUUUCUGAAUGGAAAUGUAAACAGACGAAUGCGGUUUUUUGUAUAAUUAUUAAGACAAAUUAGCUCGCGAUUCCUCAGAUGAAUUACCGGAGUAACCGGAACUAGUAUAUUACGUGUAGAAAUGGCGUCCACGUUCAGGACGCGAUGGAAUUUACAAGUUCUUUUAAUAAUCAUGGGAGCAAUUGUAGUUUCUUAUACAUUAGUGAGACUUGGUAUUAUAGAGGUUCCAGAUGCCAGUGCCAGACAGUGCCCGGAGUCUGCGCGUCUGUCCGCGUUACCUGAUGAUAAUAAGAAGAAAAUUGUCAACUACCCUUUAGUCGACUCGGUCAGGUACCUGAACCGGUUAGGCCUUCAAGACAUCGGAGACUUAAAAGAAGCAGCCGAGCCUGUGGUUGUCACGGCAACGUCAGCCAAUCAUAUCGCUCUAGCUACAGGACUGAUCGAUAGGUUAUCUGCUAACAUGACACCAAAACUGAAAAUUGUCGUAUUUGAUGUCGGCAUGACCGAGGAUCAAAGGAAAAAGAUAUGUGAAGGUGGGAAAUGUGUUCUAAAACAAUUCCCUUUCGACUUGUAUCCAGAUUUCCUUGAGAAUUAUCUACCGUCACAUGCGUGGAAACCGGUCGUUAUUCAGAUGGCGCUUCAAGAGUUCGGCUUUGUCAUUUGGAUGGAUUCGGCUGUUUACAUUCCCGAUGGCAACCUUCAGGGCGGAAUCGACAUUGCGAGGAGAGAAGGGAUCGCUGCCGGGCACAAGCUUCUCGGAAACCCGGAUGUUAAUCUAGCAUACGAAACAAACACAAGAACUUUCAAAGCCUUAGGGGAAGAGCCAUGUGCUUUUAAGAACACAUUCCGAUUUAACGCCGCACUGAUUUUUAUUAAAAGAAACGCAUUUACAUACAAAUACAUAAUGAGACCGUGGGUGUCAUGUGCGCUUACAAAAACUUGCAUUGAUGCGGAUAGCACGUUCUAUUCAAAAUGCGCAUUUGCAAAUAAAUACGGGUUUUGUCACAGAUUUGACCAGUCUGUGCUAAGCAUCAUUCUAAAUAGACUGUAUUAUUUACACACUGAUAAAAUAGAUUUAAAAAAUAAAGUGAAAUGGACCAAAUGCUAUAUAAAACAAGAACUUGCCAACUUUAACGAAAUGGUGUUUAUAAAAAAUGAGCAGAAUGGAAUACAGUGUCCACAGCCAGAAACCGUGAAAUAAAUAUCAGACAAAACAACUUGGUGCUCCUCAUUAAAAUAAUAGACUGAUUACGACACAGGGUUGGGCCUGUUUUCAGGUCAUGUAGUGUAAUAAUUGGGUUGAAUUUAAAUAGUCACGAAAGCAUGUACAUACUGUAUAGACCGUGCUAUUCUUGCCUAUAUUAUUUAUAAAAUUUUAGCUGAGGCUUUGGAUAGCUUAAAGUUUAUAUUUCAACCUUGUUUGGAAAUAUUAAAUAUGAAGCUAAUAUUUGAAAAUAAUAAAAAAAGGACAUGCUA